GUAAAUUCAAAAGGUCUUAGAAAAAUAUUGCGUACGUUGUAUUGCAUUCACUAUUCACCACACAUAUCUCUAUGCCUGGAAUUGGAAGUGAAAUUGUAAGAGAUUCACUUGUUGUAGGACAAGUAAUUGGGGAUGUUUUGGAUCCUUUUACAAGGUCAGCCACUCUUAGAGUAAUAUAUGAGAGUAGAGAAGUCAUCAAUGCUUGUGAGUUUAAACCUUCUCAAGUUGUUAACCCACCAAGGAUUGAAAUUUUGGGUAAUAAUGCUAGGGCACUUUACACAUUGGUUGAUUAUGUUAUGAAGGUCAUGGUGGAUCCUGAUGCUCCAAGCCCUGGUAGUCCUACUGAAAGAGAAUACUUGCAUUGGUUAGUGACAAACAUACCGGCAACUGGAGGCAUCAAUUCUGGGCAUGAAAUUGUGGCAUAUGAAAGCCCAAGACCUUCAAUGGGUAUACAUAGACUAGUUUAUAUUGUAUUUUGUCAAAUGGGAAUGCAAACAAUCAGUGCUCCUGGAUGGCGUCAGAAUUUUUUCACCAGAGAAUUUGCCGAAGUUUACAAUCUUGGCAUGCCGGUCGCCGCCAUGUAUAUAACAUGUCAAAGAGAAGGUGGUUAUAGAAGAAGAAGACGAUGAAACUAAGCCGUGUCCUUUCCACAUUAUCAAAAUGUCAACGAGAUUAUUGCUUGCAUGCAUGCAAGUAUGCAAUGCGCAAUAUCCAUUCUAUCAUCGAAGAAUAAUCAAGUUUUGAAGUUUAACUUAUUAGCUGUCUAUUUCAAUAAGACAAUAACUUUGUUGGUUGUACUGUUUAUGCAAGCUAUUUUAGCCAUCUUUAUUUAGUUGUUAUUAUUGUUUUUCCUCUUAACAUCAAACCUCUUCUUGGCCUAGCUUAGUGAACACUGAACAGGUGCAGGCUAAUGUAGCUCCCGAGUUGCUAACUGAUGCCCUAAAAUUUUUUAGUAAC